GCGCCGUAGAGGGCUCCGUGCAUUGCCAUAGAAACCCGUGAGCGCUGAGGGGCGAGCGGCUGAGACUCCGGCGUCCUGAGGACCAGAGCGCCAUGUCUUUCCGCGACCUCCGCAACUUUACAGAGAUGAUGAGAGCCUUGGGAUACCCUCGACAUAUUUCUAUGGAAAAUUUCCGCACACCAAAUUUCGGACUUGUAUCUGAAGUGCUUCUCUGGCUUGUGAAAAGGUAUGAACCUCAGACUGACAUCCCUUCUGAUGUUGAGACUGAACAAGACCGAGUUUUCUUCAUUAAGGCAAUUGCCCAGUUCAUGGCCACUAAGGCACAUAUAAAACUCAAUACUAAGAAGCUUUAUCAAGCAGACGGGUAUGCAGUGAAAGAACUAUUGAAGAUCACCUCUGUCCUUUAUAAUGCUAUGAAGACCAAAGGGAUGGAGGACUCUAAAAUAGGAGAGGAAGAUAUCAGCAAAUUCAAGUUUGACCUUAGCUCAAAGAUUGCAGAUUUGAAAGCAGCCAGGCAGCUUGCUUCUGAAAUCACUUCCAAGGGAGCAUCUCUAUAUGACUUGCUGGGCAAGGAGGUGGAGUUGAGGGAACUGAGAACAGAAGCAAUUGCCAGACCUCUGGAAAUAAAUGAGACUGAAAAAGUGAUGAGAAUUGCAAUAAAAGAUAUUUUGGUGCAGGUUCAGAAGACGAAAGACCUGCUCAAUAAUGUGGCCUCUGAUGAAGCUAACCUAGAAGCCAAAAUUGACAAGAGGAAAUUAGAGCUGGAAAGAAAUCGGAAGCGACUCCAGACUCUGCAGAGUGUCAGGCCAGCCUUUAUGGAUGAAUAUGAGAAGACUGAGGACGAAUUGCAAAAGCAGUAUGACAUUUAUCUAGAGAAAUUUCGAAAUCUGGCUUAUCUGGAACAGCAACUUGAGGAUCAUCACAGGAUAGAGCAAGAGAGGUUUGAGGAAGCUGAAAACACUCUCCGUCUGAUGCAGAACAAGCUAAAGGAGGAAGAAAAGCGACUGCUCAAGAGCAGAAGUCGGCCAGGAGUGCCUGAAGCAGCCCUAAGUGAUAAGCCUGCAUGGAGUUUAUCCCCUUCCGAGAGGCCCAGCACAGGUAAUGAUGACUCCGACAUUGACAUCCAGGAGGACGAUGAAUCCGACAGUGAACUAGAAGAGAGACGGUUGUCCAAGCCACGGACAGCCAUGGAGGCGCUCUUGCAAGGACGACCCAGCAAACGCGUCGUGGGCACAAUGCAAGGUGGAGACUCGGACGACGACAUGGAAGCAGCACCAGCUCUCUUAGGUAAAUGCAAGACUCCCAGCUCCAAGAAACAGGAAGACUCAGAGGACAGUGAGAUUGACAUGGAGGAUGAUGAAGACGACGACGAUUUGGAGGACGAGAGCAUUGCUCUCUCACCAGCUAAGCCCAGUCAAAGAGUCCGGAAACCUGAGCCCCUGGAUGAGAGUGACAAUGACUUCUGACCUUCUUGCCAAGGGACCCAGGCAGAUUAAAACCCUCAGAUUUGUAGGUAAAGGGGAAAUUAAAGGGUCAGAAGGAAAUAGACAUUUUGUUGGAUAAGCCAGCAGGACUCAUUGUUAAUGAAGCAAAACCCAUUUCAGCUUUAGCCUCCUAUGUGUUACUCUACACACUCCAAAGCUUAAACAAGAACCGGAGCAAACCUCAAAGAUGAUUUUUUUUCCCUUAUCUAUCUCCUAAAACUUGGGAAAUGCAUGUGUUCUUAGUGAUUCACAUCCACAGGACAAAAACUUGAGAAAUAACAGCCAACGCUGUGUAAGUCUUGCCUGUUAUUUUUGUUACACUUUUCCUCUAAAAGUCAGCAGGACCUUCAAGUCCAAACCUGGGGCUAGAACUGGGCAUAGGACUCAUUUCAGGAGUUGUGGGGGAGUGUCUGACUAUUCAUCACAUACAGUUCAGAAUGUUUAUUUUAGAUCAGCUUUUGAUUCUAGCCUUUAUUUUCUUUCUUCUGCAUGCUCACAAUACCAAGCUUUAAAUGUAUUUUACUAACUAAAAUUUUCUGAAAGAAAGUCAGCUAACUCUGAUGAAAACUAGCUUUCCUUGAAAAUCAGGCAACAGAGAGAUGCUCCAGAUCAUACUUACUCCAUUUUCUCUCAGAAGGCUGACAUUCCUCCUUAGGAAGGAGCAAAUUAAGGAAAAAGUUUUGGUACGGAUUCAUGUUUCUGAACUAAAAAAAUAAACCGGAAUUGAAUUUGAUAGAAUAGCACUAGAAGAAUUUCCCUUCUGUGAAAGGAGAAUUGACAGAUAGGUGGAGUUUGGUUUUGUCUUGUUAAUAUGGAAAGCACAGAGGAGUUUUCAUUUAUUUUCAAUUAUAAAGUCAGAAGACUUGUGAAGUUCUCUCAAUAAAUUUAUUUAAUACCAUA